UCCAAAUUUUAUUUGUUAACAUUAGUAUCAGAAAUAUAAGUGUAGCUUUCGCGGAGUUAUUUUUCUCGUUCAAAAUGUUAACAUCCGCUCUAUACUAUUGUUUUCUGUCAUAUCUCGUGAUAAAGACAGCAUAUAGUCAAGCAACUUGUUCAUGUGAACUACCGGAUUCAGACUUUGCGACUGGCGUCAAUCUCGUCUAUUACAACAGCAAUGACGAAACUCCUGCAACGACUGACUUCCCCAUCACGCAGCCACGGUUGUUGGAUAUUUUGGAUACGGAUAAACGAGUAAUUUUUUACAUAUUUGGAUAUAAUCAAGUUGCAAACGAUUUAAGUGUUCAGGCAGUAAUAAAUGCGCUCUGUCAUGGAAAUACGGAUAAUGUUGUAUUACUCGAUUGGACCAAAUAUUCAAAUGGCAGCAGUUACGCAACUACCGCCGAAAACAGUAAAAAAAUAGGCAGUUUGUUCGCUCGAAGUAUACAAAUACUUGUGAACAACGGUCUUGACGUAUCGAAAGUCUAUCCUGUUGGCUUUUCCUUGGGUGCUCACAUAGCUGGCUUUGUUGGCAAAUGCAAUAACUUCGUGCUACCUCGUAUUACAGGAUUGGAACCCGCAAAUCCUGAGCUUUAUCUUUCUGGAUGCUAUCUCGAACCUUCAGAUGCAAUGUAUAUAGAUGUCAUUCAUACGGACAUGGGCGGAAUUGGCACCGCUAUUCCUGUAGGAUCAGCUGAGUAUUUCGCAAACACAGGCGCUCGUCCUCAACCUGGUUGCAAAAUUAGUGCUCCUUUGUUCGAUUUUUGCAAUCACUUAAAAGCAGGCGAAAUAUAUGCACUAUCGAAACUUCAACCGACAGAAUUUAGUGCACUAGAAUGUCUUUCGUAUACUGAUUAUGCAAAUGCUGUAUGCAGAAACAAUUUGCAGACUGGCGUUGGAUAUAAUGCAUCAACUAAUGUGUAUGGACACUUUUAUUUCAGUACAGGAGUUAUAAACGUACCAUAAACCGAUAUUAAUAUACCUAUAAAUAUCUCAAAAAAUAUUAUAAGAAUGUGUAUUCUCUGAUAAAAAUAACAAAUCAGAUAUAAAUAUAUAAUUGAGAAAGAUGCAUAAUAUUUACCGUAAUUUAUUGACAUAUUAUCACUUCUUUUAAGACAACCAGAUUUUAGCAAAAAUUUAAUAUUAUUAAUUGUAGUAAAUUAUGUAUUUACUACAAUCAUUUUUAUAUUAAUUUAGACAUGCAUAUUCUGAUUUCUUAUGCGUGCAAUCAAUUGCACGAUUAGUCGAUUUUGUUUUCGCGACAACGAAUCGAUAUCGAACUGUCGCAGAGUCGUGAUAGAUAAAUCGAUCGAAUUAUACGUGUUUAUAUUUCUUUUUUUUUUUUGACUUACCUAUCUCGGACUAAAUUCACCGUUUACUAAUGUAUUGUAAUAAUAACCGUAACUUUCGGAAAAAUACUUAUACAUUCUAUUUCACAAAUUAUAUUGGUCAGAUUAUUCAAACAUUAAAUUGAAAUAUUAUUAAAUCUAUCGAUUUACAUUUUAA